AUGGCUGAUGAAAAAUGUUUUAAUAAUAUUUGUUCUCAAAUAGUAGAGAGAGAAAAGAGGAAAGAUGAGCUGCUUGACAUUGCAAAGUCAAAGCAAGAACGUACAAAUUCAGAACUGCAUAACCUGAGACAGAUUUACGUAAAACAACAGAGUGAUCUGCAGUUUCUUAAUUUCAAUGUGGAAAACUCUCAGGAAUUAAUACAAAUAUAUGACUCAAAGAUGGAGGGAUCAAAGGCCCUGGAAUCCAGCAGAGACAUGUGUUUAUCAGACCUUGAAAAUAAUCACCCAAAAGUCGAUAAGAGGGAAAAAAAUCAGAAGUCACUGGUUAAGGACCCAAAAUUUGAGGCCAUGUUGAUUCAGCAAAAUAGGGCAGACAAGAGCUCUUGUGACAUAUGCAAAGAGAAGAAACUCCAGAUUAAUUCUGCAUUUGGGGAAAAAAAUCUAAUUACUCUCUCAUCUGUAUUUACAAAAGACUUAAUGGAGAAACAAAAACCUUGGUCUCUGGGAGGAAAAAUCCAGACUGAACCUGAAAACAAAGUUACGUUUUGCAAGAUCCAUGGAAAAUCACUAAAAGGUAAUGGAAUAGAGGUUCAGAAUGAAGAGAAACAACUCUCGGAAGUAUCAGCUUUAUCUGAUGAAAAGCAAUGGCAUGAUGUCAAUGUUUUCCUGGGUCUGGCCAACUGUCCAGGCUCCAAACAACCAGAGAGGCUGGAAGUGGAAUGUCAAAAUCAUAUGGAAAGGUCUGAAACCUCAUGUUCCCAGAAAAAUGUAGCCUGUCUAGGUGAAGGUGACAUGUGUGAAUCCAAGUGCUGCCACCCAAGUAACUUCAUAAUUGAGGCCCCCGGCCACAUGUCUGAUGUAGAGUGGAUGAGUAUUUUCAAGCCUUCCAAAAUGCAAAGAAUUGUUCGCCACAAAUCUGUGUGCACUUGUUCAGAAAGCAUCAGUGGGACAAAGUAUAACUCCUCAAUGAGAUCUUCCCAGGAUGAUUUUUCCCCCACAAGUAAACUCCAGCGCUUGCUGGCUGAAUCUCGUCAGAUGGUGACAGACCUGGAGCUGAGCACACUGCUGCCCAUCUCCUGUGAGAAUCUCAACAGCAGUGCCCAAAAUAACUCAGAGGUCUCAGAAGAGCCAGCUCAAAAAAAACUUUGUCAGUUACUAAAGAAAAUGCAAGUCAACUUCAGUAUUCACUGUGAUCAUGGGUAA